GUAACCGAUUCACUCAAACGUCCUUCAAUGUCUCGCUCUCAAUUCGACGUUGAAGCAGAAAAGAUUGCUGAGCAUGCUCCUCCGUCACCGAUCGCUCCGCUCAAGCAAUCAGGGUCAUUCUCCUCUCCUCGUACAUUCGCUACACUGGACAGCAUUCCAACUCCUAUUUUGCGCCUAUUGACCCAACUGGCCCCACUUUUGCAACUAUUAGCCUAUGUCAUAAAGCUGAUCAAUUGGGAAGCCAAUAACGUAUGCGAAACAUUGUUACUUAUUGCAGCUUACAUAUCGAUCUGCUUAUGGACUUCGUAUAUGAUCAUGUACGGCUUGCCGCUCGGGUUCAUGGUGUAUGGAGUGAUCAGUUGGAUGAACAACCGCAAGCGACAAAAGAAAACCAAGAACAAAUCAAGUGAAGAAGGAUCCCAAGCUUCUUUGGAUGUCACGCUGGAUAAUAUAAAGAUUGUCAAUGGCCAAAUUGCCCAACUUCAAUUAUGGUAUGCUGAUCAUCAAUUAGACUGGCAGAACAACCCUAGUCAAGCUCGACGAAAGCUCCAAAUCGGCUUUGUCUAUGUUGCCCCCAUAUGGGUGGUGCUUUGCUUAUUCUUCGGUCCAUCCACUCUUUUGGCUGUUUUGGGUGUAUCAUGGGUUAUCCUCCGUAGCCCAUGGGGUAGAGUAUCCGUAUUUGCUAUUCAGAAAACCGCCAUUGUUCGACAUAUAGUGGCGACGUUGGUGGGUUAUCUACUGGCCAUCGAGAUGGCUUUACGAGGAAAGAAGCGAGUUCGAACGGUACGAGAAAUUAUACGGAGAGCUCGUAAGGAACGGGGAAAGGCACUUGAAAAGGCGUCUACGCAAACUAUGCCUGGAGACUCGUCGGAACUUGUGUUUAAAUUUGAAAUUUAUGAGAACCAGAGAUGGUGGCUAGGUGUGGACUGGACUAGCAACAUGAUGCCUGGAGAGCGUACCCCAUGGACGGAUAGCCAUAAUGAUCCCAUACCCUCCAAAUCUGCCUUCCACUUGCCCGAACCCACAACCACGGUCACCGAGCAAAAUGAUGAGCACAUCAUGACUGUCAAAGAAUGGAAAUGGGUUGAACCCGAUUGGUGGGUAGAUAUGAAAGGUCUUAAGGAAGGACUCAUUGACGAAGACGGAUGGCAAUAUUCAAAUAACGCAUGGAAAGGUGCCACUGGAAAAGGCGGACUUAAACAAUUUACGAGACGCCGCAAGUGGUGUAGAAAUGCCAAACUUGUUGAAACUGUUUCGAUGAAGCAAUCAAACAACAGUACAGACCGAAAACGCUUGAAUGCUACCAAGCAAGCAAGCGAAGAAUCUUGAAUAAAUUAGCAAAAUGUAAAUUACCACCGACUU